CUGUGUGACUGGCGCGCGGGUGUGGGAUCGUAAUGGUCCGGACCUGUGGGCUGUUUCGGAACUUUAAUUUUUUGCGUUGAUUUACCACUGUACGCGGGGUAAAAGCGCGCGAAAAGACACAAGAUUUGUGGGGAAUAUAAGGGGUUUAAACGACGGCUUUGAAGUGGACUGUUCUCAGGGUCGCGUGCCGAUUUUUCUGAGCUGUAUGCGGACUGCGCACGCGGGUCCGCAGUGGCGGGUUGCGCGCGUCCGUUUGCGCGUACGCGGGUGCUGUUGUAAUUUCACGUCACAUCAAGUUUGAUCUGCGGUCCGAUUGGAUGAUCCGCAGCGCUGUCCUGAAUUGAGAAGCUCUCCGCGCUUGUUUGCUCGUACUCGGCGUUCGUCCUGCAGCCCGAAUGCACCUCUCUGGCAUCGCUUGAGGGAGUCGGUGCACAUCUGGCGGAUUUUGUUGUCGCCCUCUCGCCCGGUCUGGAUGUUGCGUGUGAGCUGAAGAAUUCUAGAGGUCGGAGACAAAAUGCGGCGGCGAGCGCACGCCAGCGUCCUGCUCCUGCCGUGGCUGGUGCUGCAAACCCAGGCAGGCUUUCCAAACCAGAUCAAUAUCGGUGGUCUCUUCAUGCGCUCCACUGUCCAGGAACACAGCGCGUUCCGCUUCGCCGUUCAGCUGUACAACACCAAUCAGAACGUCACCGAGAAACCCUUUCAUCUGAAUUAUAACGUGGACAAUCUGGAGUCAUCCAAUAGCUUUUCAGUCACGCACGCGUUCUGUUCUCAGUUCUCCAGGGGUGUAUAUGCAAUAUUUGGAUUCUACGACAGGAGGUCAAUGAACACAUUAACGUCGUUCUGCGGCGCUCUGCACACCUCCUUCAUCACUCCAUCUUUUCCCACGGACACAGAUGUGCAGUUUGUCCUGCAGAUGAGGCCGAGCCUCCGGGGGGCGCUGCUCAGUUUGCUAGCCCAUUAUAAAUGGGAGAAAUUUGUCUACCUUUAUGAUACUGAUAGAGGGUUUGCCAUCCUACAGGCCAUCAUGGAAUCUGCAGUAAUGAAUAAUUGGCAGGUGACGGCACGUUCGGUGGGGAACAUAGUGGAUCCGCUGGAAUACCGGCGCAUUAUUGAAGAAAUGGAUCGUCGGCAGGAGAAACGUUUCCUCAUCGACUGUGAGGUUGAACGUAUUAACAGUAUUCUAGAGCAGGUCGUGAUCUCAGGAAAGAACAGCCGAGGAUAUCAUUACAUCCUGGCUAAUCUUGGAUUUUCUAACAUGAGUUUGGAUAAGGUGUUUUCUGGUGGAGCAAAUAUUACCGGAUUCCAAAUUAUAAAUCCUGAGAGCCCGAUUGUGCAGCAGUUCCUUCAGCGCUGGGAGCGGCUUGAUGAGAGAGAGUUUCCUGAGUCUAGAAACGCUCCCCUAAAGUACACCUCUGCACUGACACAUGAUGCCAUCCUGGUGAUAGCCGAAGCAUUUCGGUAUCUGAGACGUCAGCGUGUUGACAUUUCUCGUCGAGGGAGUGCAGGCGAUUGCCUUGCCAAUCCGGCUGUACCAUGGAGCCAGGGAAUCGACAUUGAGAGAGCUCUCAAAAUGGUUCAGGUUCAGGGUAUGACGGGAAAUAUUCAGUUUGACUCAUUUGGACGGCGAUCAAAUUACACCAUUGAUGUUUAUGAAAUGAAGCCAGGAGGAGCCAGAAAGAUUGGCUACUGGAAUGAAUAUGAGAAAUUUGUUUAUAUAGUGGAGCAGCAGGUUACCAACGAAUCCUCCUCUGUGGAAAACAGAACCAUUGUGGUCACUACUAUUAUGGAAGCUCCAUAUGUAAUGUACAAGAGGAAUUAUAUGCAGUUGGAAGGGAAUGAUCGCUAUGAGGGCUACUGUGUAGACUUGGCGUCAGAAAUCGCAAAGCAUGUGGGCAUAAAGUACAAACUGUCCAUUGUGGCUGAUGGGAAAUACGGAGCACGCGACCCUGAGACCAAGACCUGGAACGGCAUGGUGGGGGAGUUGGUAUAUGGGAGGGCAGAUAUAGCUGUGGCUCCUCUCACUAUAACCCUUGUCCGGGAGGAGGUGAUAGAUUUCUCCAAGCCCUUCAUGAGUCUGGGCAUUUCCAUCAUGAUCAAGAAACCCCAGAAGUCCAAACCAGGAGUCUUCUCCUUCCUGGAUCCGCUGGCCUAUGAGAUCUGGAUGUGUAUCGUGUUUGCAUAUAUCGGUGUGAGCGUGGUUCUCUUCCUGGUGAGUCGUUUCAGUCCAUACGAAUGGCACCUGGAUGAGAACGAAGAGGCGAAGGAUCCGCAGACGCCCCCCGACCCUCCCAACGACUUCGGCAUCUUUAACAGUCUCUGGUUCUCUCUUGGAGCUUUCAUGCAGCAAGGAUGCGAUAUCUCGCCAAGGUCUCUGUCUGGCCGUAUUGUUGGAGGUGUUUGGUGGUUCUUCACUCUGAUCAUCAUUUCAUCCUACACUGCCAAUCUGGCUGCUUUCCUGACUGUGGAGAGGAUGGUGUCGCCUAUAGAGAGUGCAGAAGACCUGGCCAAGCAGACUGAGAUCGCCUAUGGAACACUUGACUCCGGUUCCACCAAAGAGUUCUUCAGGCGUUCAAAGAUCGCUGUCUACGAGAAGAUGUGGUCUUACAUGAAGUCUGCCGAGCCGUCCGUGUUCGUUAAGACCACCCCUGACGGAGUGGCUCGUGUGCGCAAGUCGAAGGGGAAGUUCGCGUUCCUGCUCGAGUCCACGAUGAACGAAUACAUCGAGCAGAGAAAGCCGUGUGACACUAUGAAGGUGGGAGGGAACCUGGACUCCAAGGGCUACGGUGUGGCCACGCCCAAAGGGUCGGCAUUAAGAAGUGCUGUAAACCUGGCGGUGUUAAAGCUGAAUGAGCAGGGCCUGCUGGACAAGCUGAAAAAUAAAUGGUGGUACGACAAGGGAGAGUGCGGCAGCGGGGGAGGGGACUCGAAGGAUAAGACCAGCGCGCUGAGUCUCAGUAACGUGGCUGGCGUGUUCUAUAUCCUGGUGGGGGGUCUGGGUCUGGCCAUGACUGUGGCUUUGGUGGAGUUCUGCUAUAAGUCGCACCAGGAGACCAAACGCCUCAAACUUGCCAAAAAUGCCCAGAACUUCAAACCAGCUCCUCCAUCCACCGCACAGAGUUUCACCACGUACAGAGAGGGCUAUAACGUCUACGGCACAGAGAGCGUCAAAAUAUAAUGAUUGGAAGCCUGUCCCUUGCUGAACAUGUGCUUUGUGGCAUGGGAUAGACUCUCCGUCUCUUUGAGUCGACUGCGAUUCCCUUUAGAAAGUGGACACGCACCCAACCAAAACUCAUCUCACCAGAACACUCCUCUUCUCGGCUCUGACCACAACCUGAACCAAUAAUCACGCGACAGACUAUCGGAUGGACCAAACACCCACCCUCCCGCCCACCCGCCCUCUCUCAGUGCCUUACUGAACCAGUGGCAAAACAUCAAAACAUGCAGACCAUCUCACCAAAGUCCUGGAGAUGUCCUGCUGGGUGCUGGGUCUAAAACCAUAUUUCAAUUCAUUCUUAUUAGGAGAGGGAAAGACGGAAAAGGAGAGAGAGAGACACACAGCGAUCAGAGGUUUGAUUCGGCUGAUCUCGUGAUCAGUGAUGACAGUGUUUAAUGAGUGACAGUCGGUUUGUCUCCAUGACAACUCGCACUAGAAGGAGUGUCUGCAGACAAACAUUUUAUGCAAAUUGUAGGAAAUAUUUUUGAAGGAUUCUGCUUAUUAAUUUAAAGUUUGUGCUGUGAUUC